CUCGAGAUUCAGAAUAAAACCUUGAUAUAUUCUCUGAAACCUUCCAUGUGGUCAUAUAGAGUAUAUUGCCACCCGUAAUAGUCAUUUGGAUGUACACUAUUGGUUUUACUUCGUCAUCGUACUCAUAUUUUAUGUAAGUGGGGGAAGUGACGUAGUUCGUAGGCAGGCUGUUAUCUCCGGCUAAAAAAGCGUCUCUUCUCCCUCUUAUUAACCCAAAAGAGCUUAGUUGUCUUGGAAAAGUGCUGAGUCAAGAUAAGCUUGAAUCAAUAUUGACUGAGGUGGGAACAAAAAUGGCUGGAUCUCACCAUGGAAUAGGCGCUGUCUACAUCGCACUGAGCGCCAUCUCCUUGGUGUUCAAUGGCUUAGCGAUCUAUAUAUUAACCCGUACUCGUUUCCUUCGUCGGGCUUGCAGUUGGUAUAUUCUGAGUAUGGCUGUAUCGGAUUUUCUUAUGCGUUUGGUUGUGGACACGGUUGGAGCGUACGCGAAUUUCAGCGACCAAACACUUGGUCAAAUACCGUGUCAAUUAUACGGAUUCGCCUCGACUGUGCUUGGACUAGUUUCUAUCUCACACUUAGCCGCUACCUCGCUCGACAUUUGGCGUUCUGUUGUACUGCAGCGACGCGCCAGCCGAAAGCAAACGGUUUAUAUCAUAGCUGUUUUGUGGGGGACAGCCUUUGCUUGGGGAAUACUUCCGUUAGUUGGUUGGUCUUCGUACGCGCUUCAACCGGGGUUUUCUUAUUGUGCACUCAAGUGGUACUCUAGAUCGUUAAACGAUCUCUCCUUCACCUUGACCAUCUUAAUAUUAUUUUUCUUUUUCCCGAUUCUCAUUUGCGGAUUUUGUUAUUCUCGAGUAUUCUGUGUUGUCAGAGUAACACUGAGAGACGCGAGAAGGCGAUGGGGGCAGGAAUCUUUCACGGCCCGCAGAACCCUUCGAUGCGAACACAAAGUUGCAAAAAUCUAUCUCGCAAUGACCCUUGCAUUUUUGGUUGCGUGGUCGCCUUAUGCAAUUACGUCCCUGUACAUCAGCUGGACAGGGAUUCAAACAAUCCCAGACAUCGCCAGAAUCCUUCCACCGAUGUUCGCCAAGGCUUAUUCCUGCUAUAACCCCGUGAUUUAUUAUGGAAUGUCAAGAAAAUUUAGGAGAGGGGUUCGAAGAACUUUAGGGAGAAGAGAUAUGACUUUUUCUACAAUUACCUGAAAAUUAUCAUUUCCUGCAGAAAAUGGAAUAGACCAGUAGGCUAGUCUAAAUAUGGGUUAUCUGCUCUAGAUUGUUUCAUUAUGCACCUGUUUUGAUGGCAAGACAUGAUAAGCGAGAUGCUUAUUGGACUUGUGUCUACCCCGAAAACUACUAAUUUCCCAAAACUCUAAAUGAAACUCGCGAUUUUUCACGUACGAGACGUAUUUUCAUAAGUAAACGCUUAUAAAUCUCCCUGCUGAUAUGUAUACAUUUUGAUUACAUUUGUUGAAAUAUAUUUUUUGAAUAAUAUCAAAAACAUAUCCCAAUGUCUAUUUCUUUAAGUUUCUCUAUUUUUUAAUUCAGAGUUAUCUCAGCCAAACUAAGUUUUAAGAUAUUCCAGAUGAUUGCGUUUUGUUGUUUGGUUCUCGCUUGGGUGUUGUGCUUAGCAUAUUCAGGUUCGUUAGCGUCUUAUCAAGGAUCAUAUGUUGUCGGCAGCGAUACCAAUAUAUUUAUUCCAUAUUUUAAACCUUUGAAAGAACAAAUAAUGUUAUUAUUUUUUAAUUAACUUCGUUCCUUGUUCACUAAUUACUCACCCUUUUAAACGAAAACUAUUAUGGAAACAAUCACCAACACAUCUUUUGAAUUCAUUAGCUAGUAAGUGAGAGGGUUUCAAAAGUCAUGUCUCAUGCGACCACAAUUAUUUUUACUUUUAACUUUAUCCCUAUUUUUUACUCAUGAGCCCGCGAAAAUGAGGAAAAAGACUCAUGGGGGCAGUCCCAUUACCUCCAUUUGACGUCAGUUUAAUGCGUGCUGAAUUUGGAUGUUUGAAAUGACUUUGCCGCCACUGGGUGUUUCUCGGCAAGCACUUUCUAACAUGCGGCAAUAUGCGAUAGAUUGCGAGCAAGUUAUGAUAACAGCCUUGAACAGCCUCGUGUCAGCCGCCAUUUUGUCAUCCUAGCAAAGUACCAAACCUGAAAAAGCAUCCAUUUCCAUCGGCUGAUUUCGGAAAGCCAAUGCGAUAUUUUCGAUGAAAUUUGGUAAAUAAAGUAUGAAACUUUGUCUUUAGAUGGUUAUUUCGAGAUAACCCAAUAUGGACCUAAAAGCGCCACCUUAUGGGUGCUUAGUAAAAUAGAACUUAGAACUUAGUAUUAAAGAACCCAGUCUCUUUUAAAAGACGAAAAAAGUUUGUCUGUCAAAAAGGAACGAUUUCAGAACAAGCCACCACCAAUUUUAAAUAUCUUAAUGUUAACGAGUAUCAAUUGAGAAUUCUUGCUAGGCGUACUCAAAACCAUGUUUUGUCUACGUUUUGGUUGAGUGCUAAGGUUAUAGAACCGCCGGCCAUGAUUAAAUCUUGCAGUUUAUAAUAAAACAAUUUCGCUUCCAGUCAUAUAUUUUGUAGCAAUCACCAGAUCGCGCCCACUAAUUCUAUUCUAGGCAUUCCCCCAAGAAAAUUAAUCCUUAUAGAUACUCCUUCCUAUACAAUUGAACAAACAUUGUAAUCGAGAAUUUAUCGAUACCCCCCCCCCCCCCUCACCACCACCAGUGCUUCGUUGGUAAAUGAGCGAUUUUGUGUAGUUAAAAAGAAAUCAAGAGUUGGAAAACUGUUGUGUUCGCUUUAUGUACGCUUAAUAUCGAUUCUAGAAAACCUCAUUUUGAUAUUUAUGCACUAUAAAUAUUGAUGAUGCAACGGGGGCUAACACCGUUAUCAGACUUUUAAAAUCAUUUGUACAGAGAGCGCCAAACAGAUUAUUCGAUAACGACGAGGCUUCUAGCUGUUAAUUUGAGCAUGGCGGUAACUAAAAGUCUGAUUUUUUUUUUCUUCUAGCGUCUAAAAUAUCGUAUUAUAACUCGUGCUUCCAUGAUACGCUCAGACGCCAACCCGUGAAAGUAAAGCUUUUAAAUUUAACUAAAACUCACAGAAGCUAGAGUACUUCGUCAGUGAAUCCACUCCAUGAUUCGCUCAGACGCCAACCCGUGAAAGUAAAGCUUUUAAAUUUAACUAAAACUCACAGAAGCUAGAGUACUUCGUCAGUGAAUCCACUCCAUGAUUCGCUCAGACGCCAACCCGUGAAAGUAAAGCUUUUAAAUUUAAGUAAAACUCGCGGGAGCUAGAGUACUAUGUCAGUGAAUCCACUCCAUGAUUCGCUCAGACGCCAACCCGUGAAAGUAAAGCUUUUAAAUUUAAGUAAAACUCGCGGGAGCUAGAGUACUAUGUCAGUGAAUCCACUCCAUGAUUCGCUCAGACGUCAACCCGUGAAAGUAAAGCUUUUAAAUUUAAGUAAAACUCGCGGGAGCUAGAGUACUUUGUCAGUGAAUCCACUCCAUGAUUCGCUCAGACGCCAACCCGUGAAAGUACAGCUUUUAAAUUUAAGUAAAACUCACGGGAGCUAGAGUACUUUGUCAGUGAAUCCACUCCAUGAUACGCUCAGACGCCAACCCGUGAAAGUACAGCUUUUAAAUUUAAGUAAAACUCACGGGAGCUAGAGUACUUUGUCAGUGAAUCCACUCCAUGAUACGCUCAGACGUCAACCGGUGAAAGUAAAGCUUUUAAAUUUAAGUAAAACUCACGGGAGCUAGAGUACUUUGUCAGUGAAUCCACUCCAUGAUUCGCUCAGACGCCAACCCGUGAAAGUACAGCUUUUAAAUUUAAGUAAAACUCACGGGAACUAGAGUACUUUGUCAGUGAAUCCACUCCAUGAUUCGCUCAGACGCCAACCCGUGAAAGUACAGCUUUUAAAUUUAAGUAAAACUCACGGGAGCUAGAGUACUUUGUCAGUGAAUCCACUCCAUGAUACGCUCAGACGCCAACCCGUGAAAGUACAGCUUUUAAAUUUAAGUAAAACUCACGGGAGCUAGAGUACUUUGUCAGUGAAUCCACUCCAUGAUUCGCUCAGACGCCAACCCGUGAAAGUAAAGCUUUUAAAUUUAAGUAAAACUCACGGGAGCUAGAGUACUUUGUCAGUGAAUCCACUCCAUGAUACGCUCAGACGUCAACCGGUGAAAGUAAAGCUUUUAAAUUUAAGUAAAACUCACGGGAGCUAGAGUACUUUGUCAGUGAAUCCACUCCAUGAUUCGCUCAGACGCCAACCCGUGAAAGUAAAGCUUUUAAAUUUAAGUAAAACUCGCGGGAACUAGAGUACUUUGUCAGGGAAUCCACUCCAUGAUUCGCUCAGACGUCAACCCGUGAAAGUAAAGCUUUUAAAUUUAAGUAAAACUCGCGGGAGCUAGAGUACUAUGUCAGUGAAUCCACUCCAUGAUUCGCUCAGACGUCAACCCGUGAAAGUAAAGCUUUUAAAUUUAAGUAAAACUCGCGGGAGCUAGAGUACUUUGUCAGUGAAUCCACUCCAUGAUUCGCUCAGACGCCAACCCGUGAAAGUACAGCUUUUAAAUUUAAGUAAAACUCACGGGAGCUAGAGUACUUUGUCAGUGAAUCCACUCCAUGAUACGCUCAGACGCCAACCCGUGAAAGUACAGCUUUUAAAUUUAAGUAAAACUCACGGGAGCUAGAGUACUUUGUCAGUGAAUCCACUCCAUGAUUCGCUCAGACGCCAACCCGUGAAAGUAAAGCUUUUAAAUUUAAGUAAAACUCACGGGAGCUAGAGUACUUUGUCAGUGAAUCCACUCCAUGAUUCGCUCAGACGCCAACCCGUGAAAGUAAAGCUUUUAAAUUUAAGUAAAACUCGCGGGAGCUAGAGUACUAUGUCAGUGAAUCCACUCCAUGAUUCGCUCAGACGUCAACCCGUGAAAGUAAAGCUUUUAAAUUUAAGUAAAACUCGCGGGAGCUAGAGUACUUUGUCAGUGAAUCCACUCCAUGAUUCGCUCAGACGCCAACCCGUGAAAGUACAGCUUUUAAAUUUAAGUAAAACUCACGGGAGCUAGAGUACUUUGUCAGUGAAUCCACUCCAUGAUACGCUCAGACGCCAACCCGUGAAAGUACAGCUUUUAAAUUUAAGUAAAACUCACGGGAGCUAGAGUACUUUGUCAGUGAAUCCACUCCAUGAUUCGCUCAGACGCCAACCCGUGAAAGUAAAGCUUUUAAAUUUAAGUAAAACUCACGGGAGCUAGAGUACUUUGUCAGUGAAUCCACUCCAUGAUACGCUCAGACGUCAACCGGUGAAAGUAAAGCUUUUAAAUUUAAGUAAAACUCACGGGAGCUAGAGUACUUUGUCAGUGAAUCCACUCCAUGAUUCGCUCAGACGCCAACCCGUGAAAGUAAAGCUUUUAAAUUUAAGUAAAACUCACGGGAGCUAGAGUACUUUGUCAGUGAAUCCACUCCAUGAUUCGCUCAGACGUCAACCCGUGAAAGUAAAGCUUUUAAAUUUGAGUAAAACUCACGGGAGCUAGAGUACUUUGUCAGUGAAUCCACUCCAUGAUACGCUCAGACGUCAACCCGUGAAAGUACAGCUUUUAAAUUUAAGUAAAACUCACGGGAGCUAGAGUACUUUGUCAGUGAAUCCACUCCAUGAUUCGCUCAGACGUCAACCCGUGAAAGUAAAGCUUUUAAAUUUAAGUAAAACUCGCGGGAGCUAGAGUACUUUGUCAGUGAAUCCACUCCAUGAUUCGCUCAGACGCCAACCCGUGAAAGUAAAGCUUUUAAAUUUAAGUAAAACUCACGGGAGCUAGAGUACUUUGUCAGUGAAUCCACUCCAUGAUUCGCUCAGACGCCAACCCGUGAAAGUAAAGCUUUUAAAUUUAAGUAAAACUCGCGGGAGCUAGAGUACUAUGUCAGUGAAUCCACUCCAUGAUUCGCUCAGACGCCCACCCGUGAAAGUAAAGCUUUUAAAUUUAAGUAAAACUCGCGGGAGCUAGAGUACUAUGUCAGUGAAUCCACUCCAUGAUUCGCUCAGACGUCAACCCGUGAAAGUAAAGCUUUUAAAUUUAAGUAAAACUCGCGGGGGCUAGAGUACUUUGUCAGUGAAUCCACUCCAUGAUUCGCUCAGACGCCAACCCGUGAAAGUACAGCUUUUAAAUUUAAGUAAAACUCACGGGAGCUAGAGUACUUUAUCAGUGAAUCCACUCCAUGAUUCGCUCAGACGCCAACCCGUGAAAGUAAAGCUUUUAAAUUUAAGUAAAACUCACGGGAGCUAGAGUACUUUGUCAGUGAAUCCACUCCAUGAUACGCUCAGACGUCAACCGGUGAAAGUAAAGCUUUUAAAUUUAAGUAAAACUCACGGGAGCUAGAGUACUUUGUCAGUGAAUCCACUCCAUGAUUCGCUCAGACGCCAACCCGUGAAAGUAAAGCUUUUAAAUUUAAGUAAAACUCACGGGAGCUAGAGUACUUUGUCAGUGAAUCCACUCCAUGGUACGCUCAGACGCCAACCCGUGAAAGUAAAGCUUUUAAAUUUAAGUAAAACUCACGGGAGCUAGAGUACUUUGUCAGUGAAUCCACUCCAUGAUUCGCUCAGACGCCAACCCGUGAAAGUACAGCUUUUAAAUUUAAGUAAAACUCACGGGAGUAGAGUACUUUGUCAGUGAAUCCACUCCAUGAUUCGCUCAGACGUCAACCCGUGAAAGUAAAGCUUUUAAAUUUAAGUAAAACUCACGGGAGCUAGAGUACUUUGUCAGUGAAUCCACUCCAUGAUUCGCUCAGACGUCAACCCGUGAAAGUAAAGCUUUUAAAUUUAAGUAAAACUCACGGGAGCUAGAGUAAUAUGUCAGUGAAUCAAACGAAGAUUACUCAUAUUUGCGUUAAAAAGAAAAAGAAGAAAAGAAAAAACAAUUAAAAUCAAAUCGAAUGAAAUUCCUUAGUUCAUCAAGAAUGCUUGAGAGACAAUAUGGUCGGGAUUUCCUCGGCUUUAUUUUCUUGCUGAAAUGUAAAUCUCAUAGCCUCGUCCCCAGGCUACUAUUGCCUGCGCGGCUAGUCGUUUGUGGCGUCAUGUUUGAUUUGCCGCUUGCCCAAGAAAGAACCGGCGACUUUAUCUACAAGGAAUAAUUCCUAGCGAUUUACCAGAUUUUGUCAGCACUUAAACAGUCCGCCAUUUUGAAAAUAAACUAUGACCGCGCUGCACCAUGGGGCGUGGGAAAAAGGGCUUACAAGGCCCCAGCUGGAGACAAGGACUAUACAUGUGAAGUGAAGUUAUGCUCCAGACACUUUUCUGACAAUAAAAUAAAGAAUCAAUUUGGUCAACGCCCCAAAAAUGAAACACAACAUGUAAGCUUGUUGGAAAGAAAUUGGUCUACUGCAAUAUUGCUUUCUAUAUAAUCAUUUCGAUUUUAUGCUACAUUUUUCUGUUUGUUUUUUUUUUUUUUUUGUCGCAGUAGGAAAUUCUUAAAAUAGUGGUCAUAUAGUCAAUAUUGUCAAUAGUGGUUCCUCUUUUCUGUACUUGUCUAAUAUUAGAAAACGUAUCACAAAUAUGAAUCUGUGUUUUUAAGGAUCCUAUCAUUCAUCAUCUCUUAUGCAAAAAGCCGAAAACUGAAUUAUCUGGGUUUUUAUUAAAGUGAAAUCACGUGACAAAGCUGUUUUUAGAUUGUUUUGAAAAACUCGUUUGAUGUUUUUAUCAACAUCCGUCAUUUCAAUACACAAGUUUGAAAGGCGAUAUCAGUUUUGACGCGAAAUCAUGGUAAUUAUCGAAAAAUGUCUUUAUUAAACUCGCUAGCUGUCGCACGCGACAAAGGGAGACCGACGGGUCAUUGAAAUCAUUGCUUUGAUUGCAGCAAGCUCAAAAGCACAGAUUACGACUUGAGCUGAUCGCUACUUUAUUUCACUUUGCUUCAAUAGCAUAACAACAACUCAAAAUUAAUAUCAUGUUUUGUAGAAAUAAUUAUUCUACAAAUAAUUCUCACUAAGAACCAUUAAAGGCACUUACUUGCACGUAUGAAGGUUUAUUAAUUAGCCUUUGAUCUUUCAGAUAAA